AUGGCCGAAAAGGACAUCACAAAGUAUCUCCAGCAGAGCCACGACCGGCUCUUCCACAACAACCGCGCCUGGGCCGAGAACAAGGCCAAGGUCAACCCCGACUUCUUCAAGAACCUCGCCGCCGGCCAGGCACCCGAGUACCUCUGGAUCGGAUGCGCCGACUCUCGCAUCCCCGCCGAGCAGAUCUGCGGCCUUGAGCCCGGCGAGGCAUUUAUCCACCGCAACAUCGCCAACCUCGUGUGCAACACGGACCUCAACGCUAUGGGCGUCAUCAACUACGCCGUCAAGCACCUCGGCGUUAAGCACAUCAUUGUCUGUGGUCACUACGGCUGCGGAGGUGUCAAGGCGGCUAUGACCCCCCAGGACCUCGGCCUGCUGAACCCGUGGCUUCGCAACAUCCGCGACGUGUACCGCCUUCACGAAAAGGAGCUCGAUGCGAUCGAGGAGGAGGGCGCUCGCUACGACCGCUUGGUCGAGCUGAAUGUCGUCGAGCAGUGUCGCAACGUCAUCAAGUCUGCUGAUGUCCAGCAGUCGUGGCACGAGAACAAGUAUCCCAUUGUUCACGGAUGGGUGUUUGGUUUCAAGGAUGGACUUCUCAAGGAUCUUAAGAUUGAUUUUGAGGCUGUGUUGGCCGACAUCCAAAAGAUUUACAACCUUGUUGACAAGAAAUAA